CACCCUUUUGUGUACUGUCUAUACGGUUGAAUAAAAUAUGUGUGUUCACUUAUACCCCACUGACCCCUCUAAACAACCUAAACCAAUCCACUCCCAGCGCCGCUUUCCAUAAAUCAAUUAAAAGAAACCCAGAAAAACAAUAAUAAUAGCCAUAAAGAUAACAAACGGCAAUGCACUCGAUGAAUAAAUCAGAUGUUUAAUCUCCACAAUAAAUCAAACGCGUAAAGUGAGCUGUAUCUGUAAAUUAUUCCAAAAUGCAUGUUGUGCCUCAGAUAGUGGAUUUGUAUCAGUAAACACAUAAAUAUAAGAGAACAUUCCUCCGUUAUCGUGCUUCCGCUGCCACCCUUCACCAUAUUAAACUAAUUUUCUCCAAAACAGAAUAUGUCAGCCAGGAUAAUCCUAGUGUGGUGCUACGUGUUUGUCUUAUGCUGUGCUAAUAAAACUUUAAAAUUCCCAGACGGGUUUAAAUUUGGAGUGGCUACGGCGGCGUACCAGGUGGAAGGAGGAUGGAACGCGAGUGGUAAAGGCGAAAAUAUCUGGGAUCGAUUAACCCAUUCUUAUCCAGAUUUGAUUACUGACCAUAGUACAGGAGAUGUGGCGUGCGAUUCGUACGAUCUAUGGAACACUGACAUCAAGUUGUUGAAGUACCUGAACGUGGACUACUACAGGUUUUCUUUAUCGUGGUCCAGGAUUCUACCCAGUGGUUUCGCAACUCACGUGAACCCAGAUGGGGUUCGGUACUACAAUAAUUUAAUUGAUGGGUUGCUUUCCAAUGGGAUUGCACCAGUGGUGACGCUGUACCACUGGGAUCUUCCUCAAUCUUUACAGGAUCUGGGUGGGUGGACCAAUCCUCUCAUUGCAGAUUAUUUUGAAGAUUUUGCCCGAGUCGCGUUUGGACUGUUUGGUGAUAGGGUGAAAGCUUGGAUUACUAUCAACGAACCUGCUAGUAUUUGUGUUGAUACAUACGAAAAUGGUAAAGGGGCUCCUGCCUAUGUGGAAUCUCCUGGAAUUGGGUUAUAUCUAUGUGGGAAAACUAUAUUACUAGCACAUGCCAAAGCGUACAGACUAUAUGAUAAUGAGUUCAGACAGACACAAUUCGGAAUUGUUGGUAUCACGGUUGAUUCCAUAUGGGCCGAACCUAAAACUAAUUCAACCGUGGAUGUAAUAGCCGCAGAAAGAGAAAUGCAGUUUGGGCUGGGGUGGUGGGCAAACCCUAUAUUUUCAGCGUCAGGUGACUACCCCGAAAUUAUGAAAGUGCGUAUCGCCGAAAAUAGCAAACGAGAAAAUUUUACUAAAUCAAGACUUCCCGCUUUAAACCCGAGUGAAGUGAAGCUGAUUCAAGGAACAUUCGACUUUUUUGGUUUGAACCAUUACCACACGUGGUUGAUUGCGGAUCACGAGUACCAGUAUAAUCGUUCUUCGUAUCAGAAGGAUAAAGGUACCUUGGGGACACAAAAUCCCGACUGGAAACCCACUCCGGAGAUUGUACCUUGGGGUUUUCGGAAACUACUAAACUGGGUUAAGACGCAAUACAACAAUCCGUUGGUUGUUGUGACAGAGAAUGGGUUUGGGGAUGCAGGAGGUCUCAAGGACAGGAAUCGCGUGAUCUUUUUAUAUGGAUUCAUGAAAGCCCUUCUUUUAUCAAUUCUGGAAGACAACUGCAACGUGAAAGGUUACACGGUUUGGAGCAUUAUGGACAAUAUGGAGUGGAGAAGUGGUUUCACGGUCAAGUUUGGCCUCUACGACGUCAACUUCACCGAUCCUCGAAGACAAAGAACCCCGAAAGCUUCAGCCGGAUUUUACCGAUACGUUAUUCGAAAUCGAGUUUUACCCGAAAAAUAGGAUGCUCGGUUGCUUAACCCCAAAGAUUGUAUUCCUUUUUAUGCUUGAAUAAACUGCUGUAUUUUAAUCAAUCAA